AGAGCUACCAUCUACACUCACUAGUGCCUGCUACAACGAGAUGGAGGGUGUGGGGUGCGACGGAUGAAAAGUUUCAGAACGACUUUCUUUCGAUUUACGAACGUUUUUCAGGCUUCUCUUCGCAUGUUACGUGAAAUUACGACAGAGAUCUGCCUGAGGUAGAGCUUUGAUCUUUUGAUUCGACUACAUAUUACAUUACGACCCUAUUUGGUUCCCAUUUUCAGGAAAGGACCUUGUUCUGAACCUUCGGCAUGGGGGUGAGAAGAGAGUUCGCAAAGAAUGACGCAAUAAAUGAACUGACUUCAUGCGCUCGUUUGACUGCUGUCCGGCGAAUUAAGUGAAGUGUGCAAGAAGGUGAAGUGAGGACUCCAGAAUUAGAAGUACGAUACUUCGAAUAAUAUUAAAUUCUGAGGCAGUUACAUAGAAGAAUUCCUAAGAUUCAUUUCCGAAAUAUUAAGAGUUAGGAAAGAAAAUUUGCGCAUGGAAUUACACUAUUUUCAGAAAUCUUAUCCGUGAGAAGCAUUUAUAAUUUUCCAGAGAACAGAGAGAGAGAGAAGACGUGGUGUGUGUGAAAGAGGUGAUUUAACCCAUUAUAAAUUAUUACACAAAUAAAUAAGUGAAUAAAUAAAUUAAUUUAUAUUGGAAAGUUUGCGAACUUGUUUGAGAAGUAGAGACGUUCUGAUAACGAUGCAUUUGUAUAUUCACUACGUGAAAAACUGUCCAUAUUCGUGGCGUUAAAAAACUCUGUUCACAUUUUUUAAUAGUAAAUUGUUUUAAAAACACUUGGAACACCUAUUUAACACUGAAUCAAAAUGUAUAUUUUCAUAAGAUUUUGAGAUCUCCUUUUAAAAUUAAUAUAAUAUUGUAGCCUGUUUUAUUUAUAGUGUCGCUGUGUAUUAUAAUAAUAUAAACUCAGAUUUUAUUUUUCCCUAAUUUACGUGGCUUUGAGUACCGGAAAUGAAAACACGAAGUUAGAAUCCUGCACACAUAACCGGUUGAAUUUAUAAUUAUAAACAUAUAUUUAAAUAAGAUAACCAAUUGGGAAUUCAGAUGGAAGAAGUUUUGCUACACUGUAGAACUCUCUAACUAGUUUGUUGUGUUAUUGUUGCAAGUGACGUUCUGUAAAGUGUUGGGCUUGAAAUGGAUUUAAUGUCGAGUCAGACAUCAAAGUUCUGAAUAUAAAAACACAACAAGAAUGACAAUAUUAGAAGUCUGAUGCCAAAGAAGCAGCUGCAAAACAAUUACCGAAAUGGCAUACAACAAUUGUCUUUAACAUCAACAGUUAUUUACGUUACAAGGCAUUCAAAAAGAAGAAUUGCAACAGUGUCUUAUUCAAGUUAAGUUGAUUCAAAGAGUCAUACGAGUAAAUGAAGGUGUCAGUGUUGCCAUCUACCACAGCAGUGAUGAAUGAUAAUCAGCACCAUCACUUCACUGGGCCCCCAGAUUUGAGGCGGAGUUACACAAAAUUGGAUUUCACAGUAAACAGCCCCAACAGCGGUCGGGAGAGAAACAGCUAUGUCCGACAAACAUCUCAACAGCACCAUCACCAGGUACGGGAAACUGGCAGCAGGCGUCGCAACAACGCGAUGCCGUCUAACAGAGGUAAACCAACAAUGGAGAUCUACCGUCCACCCAAUGUCCGUACCGACUUGCUGCAAAAUGGACUUUCUACAAACUCAAAUCCUCGCCUCAAUGUUCAUGCCAAGGAGUUUACAAUGAAACAAGGAGAUUUGAGUACAUCCAGGUCAGCAGUCAAUAUUCCUGGAACACUAAACAACCGAGAUUCGCAUCAAAUUCGUGCAGCUCAGCAUGCUCUGCAGCAGUCUAAAUCGAUUUGCAAUAUUAUGCAUCCUUUGCAACACUCCAAAUCCAGUGGAAAUGUGUUACACACACUUCAGCAAUCAUGUUCCAGUGGGAACAUAUUACAGGGUCCCAGGGUUCACUUCCAGUUAGAUACAGGAGAUGCUGAGCAGCAAAUUUCAGAAAUGGUCACUCCUCCAGUGAAAGCUGUACUUCCUACAAGCAUGAAGUCUCCACUCAAGUCUUACAGCACAACAGAAAUGAAGACUGCUGUUGGGUUGAGCAAUGAUGUUAAUAAGACUCAGGCACACAGCACAGAAGUAAUUGAACACGCUGAAGUUCAUACUGUAACAGGACUGAGAUCCAUUCAUUUGCCAAUGUCAACUCCCCUCUCCAGUCUCAAACGUUCUAGGAGCCUUGGAGCAGCAGAUAUGGCAGCCAGGCAGCAAGCUCACAUCAUAGAGACACCUUCACUUGGGAACUUCCCUCCUGAAAUUCAGAGUACCAUCAGUAAGGCUGUAGAAGACCCAAACAAAGUAUCAGCACGGUCAUUGAUGGAUUUGGUUCGUCAAAUCAUGGAACGUGCUGUUUCCAGUGUCUACUAUGCUCUACCUGCAGCAAAGCUGUGCAUAACAAUAAUUGAGAAGGAGACAAAAGAAACAUUUUUGGAGUCAUUACUGAACUUAUGCCAACAGUGGUAUCAAGAGAGGGAUCGUGUUUUGAAAAAUGUGUUGAGUUGUGGUGCCUCACCAAAUCCCCGGUUCUGUGCCUUCAUGCAAUUUCUCAAUGAGAUGUAUUGUGAGUUGAAACGACGGCAGCUACAGCUGAAGACACAGUAUGAUGGGGUCCCACCAGGCCUGGUGCUGCUCACACUUGUGUUCAAAUGUUGUCUGGACUGCCUAAAGCCACCAAAUUCACAAGGAGAGACUGACAGCCUUUUUUUUGUGCUAACAUCUAUUGGACGUGACCUGGAAAGUGAAUUGCCAGGUCAGAUUCCAGUUCUACUUGCAAGUGUCCGUGAUGCCUUCCUUAAAACAGCGACCAUUCCAGCAGUAAAGAAGACACUGCUGCAACUGAUUGAAUUGCAUGCUUCCCGAUGGCAGCUACCGGCACCUGCAGUCAUGUACUACACUGCUCACUAGUUAUACCUCUUGAAGGAUGACAACGUAGUAUGGACAAAAUUCAGCAGACUAGUUAAAUUUCCAGCUUUUCUGCUGAUGGACGAGUUUGACAUGGCUGGUGUUGUACUGUGUUUCAUCAUAUCUGAUAAAAUGAACUACAGUGGCUGAAAUAUUUCGUCUGAGUUAACAACAGCAGCAUCUCUAUUUCUUCAAAGAUCUUGUGGACAUUAGUCAUUUUGAGUGUACAAACAUAAACAUUUAUAUGCUGCCUAAGAAUUUAUUACAUAUUUAAUUUCUACCAGUUAAUAGAAUUGUAAUAUUUAUGCUUUAAAUUAUUUCUGUAUUAUCUCCUUUUGUUAAAACUGCCAUUAAAACUGUGAAAAUAUAACAGAGGUUUGUUACAGGUAUAUUGUUAUGCAUUGAUGGUGCUUUAAAAUGGAUUAGAGCAGUGAUUUCAAAACUGUGCUCUCUGAAACCACUGGGUUCUGUGAGGGGUUUCAAAGGACUCUGCUAAUUUAAUUACAAAUACUUAUCAGCAGUAAUAUUCUGUUUAAAUUAUAAAUUGUUUCUGUGUCCAACUAAUAAUUUUAUAUUUAAGAUUUGAAGCUUUCACAUGAAGUAAAUGCUGUACCUGCCUUCCCAAGGUGUAAAGGAUUGAAAUUGGUGACUAUGUGACUAUGUCACAAUUAUUGAUUUGGUAUCAAUUAAAUUGAAUAUUAAAUGAGGGACGUAAAAUGCUAGUUCUACUAUAUUUCAGCAAGAUCGGCAUUGUUGACUUGGGAUCUUUGAAAUUUAACAUUAAAUGAGAGAAAAUCUUGAAGCAAGGAACUGCAAUUUGGCUUUCUGUGCCUCAAGUUGUAGGCUUAAUUUCUCAAGUUAUCUUGUAUCAGAAUUCUAUAAUUAUCCAUGUUCAUUUUAAUAUUGCAUUAUGUAAUUGGUAAUUGCACCUAAAAAUGUAAUUACAUCAGAGUUUUUGUUGUCAUGUUUUAAAACUUUGUUCUUAUAGUGAUGUAGUACCCUAGCAUUGACAUUUAAUUCUUCAUGUGCAGUGUAUUAAUUGGAGAAAGUUUUUUCUCCUAUUUCCUGUUCAUUAUAAAUAUUUUUCUAUAUCUUUAGCACAUUUAAUAAAAAUUAUUUCUCGCAGUAAACAUAUAUAUUACUGUAAUUAAAUUGAAAAUCACUGAUAGAUAUUGGCAGUGAUACAUUCUCUGGGCUGGCUAGUAGGCACCAUAAGGCCACUGAAACUGCAGGAAUAUGAAACAAAAAAUUUAUUUUUUCCAUUCAGUAUAAGCUCUGAACAUUUGCAUAAGAUAAGCUGUGAACACAGUGCAACCUAUAUGCCAUACCAUUUUUAAGUGCCCAAGGAACUGGGUAAAUUCACUGCUCAACAAGAGGUCCCAAAAAUGUGCAUUUGUGCAUGAGUUGCGAUGAGAAAGAGAGAGAGAGUGUGUGUGUGAGUGGAGAUGAGGAUAUAUUUCUGUUGAUAUUGCCAAAUUAUAUGGUUGUACUAUAUUAGCUGCUUUCCAGGCCAAGGUUUUCAACUGGGUGUUUGUUAAUGUUCGAUUUUAUGAUCCAAAUUCUUUACAUAAUCUGAAAACUGAAUAUCUUUAAAAUAUAUAAAAGGUUUAAAUUUGUUUUGCUACAUCAACAUCCCAUACAUUUUACCGUUGUUAAUCAUAACAUGUCCAUCACUUCACAAGACAGUUUAAAGCGAGUUUAGAAUGGAGAAUUUUGACUGUAGAUGGUCAGCCUACAGUAUAAAAUCAUAAUCUUGUUUCCGUUUUUUUUUAUGAUGUGCCUGUUUUCUUUCUCAGGCAAAUGCUAUUAUUCUUCUCUUCAUUCAUAGUUUUCACCAAUAUCCAGGGCUGUAACCAAGCCUAGAAAAUUCAGGGCCAGUGUACUUCUUUUAAAGACACUGGUGUGUAAUAUGAAGGUGUUCUAGCUCAUUUAAUUUCCAACCUCUGGAGUGGAAGUGCCAUCUUCUUUAAGCAUUUGCCUUACAUGAAGAUGUUUGUUGUUCAGUUCUGCAUUUAAAAGUAUACAGCUAUUGUUAAAUACAAGUUAAACCGGCCUCAUAUCAUCAUUUCUUUCAACUUGGAACUGUGUGCUGGACUGCCCUGGUAAUCUUAUUUUUAGAACUACACCCCUGUCAACAUGUCAUAAAGAUACUUUGAUGUAGGUUACAUUCAUCUUGUCUGUGUUGUGUAUUCAUUAAAUUACAUAUUAUUUGUGGAAUGUAUUUGAAAUGAGUAUAUUUGUGAUCUUGAAACAGACUGGCUAAAUUUUGAUACAAAUGCUAAAAGUAAAUUAAAUUUAGUUAGACUGCAACAUUAACACUUUGGAAAGAUAUGUAUUUGUGGUACAAAGAAAUACAAUGGCACUUGUCUAGUAAAAAUAACAGCUUUCAUACUUUCAAUUUUGAUGUCUUUUCUGCUGUUACUGAGGCAAAAUAAACGAAAUUAAUUUUAAAAUUUUAGCAAACCGUGACACAAUACAUGAUAAGGAAGUAGUUAGCAAACCAUGUGAUUAUGGUCUUCUGGGGUAUGAUGUUGUAUAGUUUGGUAGAUGGGUACUGAAUUUUUGAAUAAAUGUGCUGCCUCAAUCUUCAGGUUAGAAGAGUGACAAUGGAGGCAGAUGGAUGCUCCAAAAAAUUGAUACAUACUCAUAAAACUACAUGAUGUCACAUGCCAGAAGACUAAUCUUAAUACUCACUGCCAUGAGAAUCUUAAAACUUGUGCACUAAAUCUGUUUUUCAAUUUGAAAGUAGAUUUUAUCUGCAGCAUUGUAAAGAUCUGACAUUUGGAACAGUGGAAAAACUUUGUGUAAUAAUACCACCAGAAUUCGUUGGUAACAGUGAGUAAUGUGUGAGUCUCAUCAUUUGGAGCAUAGAAAUUUAAUUUUGUUUGCUUAAAAGAGAAAUUUGGCCUGUAUUAGAUUGGAGCUGCAAUUUAAUGAUCCAUGGUCACACCUAAAGAUGUGACAAGCAACUCCCAGUUCAGGUCAAAGAAUAUAGCACUGAUGUCAAAUUUUUGUUUGACCAACAAAGAUCAAAGUGUGCAGAUGCAGUCAGAAACAGUGUGGUAGUGGAACAGUCCUUGCAAAUUAAACAUGCAAUUGGCAACAUGCCUGUCCAACACAUGACUGUCAUCCAGUGCUGUUUCAUGGACAGCGUUAAUGUCAGUUUUGGCCAGUGCUGUUUGAGGCAGACAGUGCUGGAUGCUGAUAACAAAGGAUAAUUAAAUCGUGCCUGGACUGUAGUUAUGAUUCAUUUAAAGAGAAGACUUGAGAUGGAAAGUUUUAGUCAAGUUUCAUUGUACUUGUUAAUGUGCUAACAUAUGUGAAAGAUUAAUAUAUGAAUAUAUUGUAUUUUUUAAUAAGGCUUCAUGGUAUAUUUGUGUUAAUCUUUUAACUACUUUAGUCGCAUUAGUCAUGAUGAAGGUAAAUUUAUCAUGCCAUGUCUGCCGUCCUACAAAUUUCUGCUUAGCAGAGCAGUCACAACUUCUAGGACUGGAUUAUAGUGAAUUUAAAUUUAAAAACUGAGUGUUCUAAUAGAACAAUCAGGAUCACCCACAGGUGUAGAACAUUCUGUGGCCACUGGCUUAAAAUAUUAAUGCAUUCACUGCCAAUCCCAUGAACUAACGAAUUUAAGUUUUCUGUGUGGUGGUUCUAACCUGUCAAGCAAUGGUCUGUUGCUGCUAAGUACAUGAAUGCAAUUUUCUUCUGCAGAUGUAACUCAGAUUUAGAGAAACCUUAAAUAUUACUUCUCAAACCCUAAAUGAGUUGAAAUAUGUAGGAAUGAUCAAAUUUUUUCUUGUGCAUUCUCUUACAUUUCCAUUUUGAAUGUACAAAGUUGAAUAUCCAAUUUUCAUGAAAAAAUUUAUGAUCCAGAAGGUAAAAUCUCAGUAUGGGGGAAUGGCAGUGAAGGUGUUAAUGCCAGUUUAUGAGUAAAGAUUAAGAAGUUUUUCCAGACUUGACCUUCUUCAUAAUUUCCCAUUCUUUCUCUUUGAAUGAUUUUGGAUGCUUAGAAUAGUUUAUGGAAAAUAAAGACUGCUCCAAGACAAGAGGCUUGGAAACAUUUGUGGAUGGUCUUGCAUUGAAACAGAACAGUAUGGUCCAACAGACUAUAUAAUGUGGACCACACUGAAGUAGUUGAUUUUGUGGUGAAUGCAAUAGUGAGGUACCAUCAUAUUAUAUGCUUCCAGAAUAAUGUGCCUUAUCCUUGACUAGAACAACAGCUGCUUAUUUAUAUGUAAUUGUUGCUUUGUGGUUAUUUUAUUUCAUGAGUUUAUAAUGGACUUAAGUUUGGUUUGGCAAAACACACACUGUAGUCAAUUCAUACUGUAAUUUGACUAAAAAAUGGACGCUAGAAUCUUAACAUUUUGGCCACAUAUAUUGAAAAUGUAUUGGGAUAUUUGUAAAUGUGCUAAAUAACAACUAUGAAUGAUAUCUCAGACACUUCUUACAGAGUUUUAAAUAUUGAGGUAUGUCAACAUAAUGUUCAUUAUGCAACAUAGACACCAGUAUUUUAAUUUUAUGAAUAUGCUUUCUUUUUUGUGUUUUAUAACAUUAAGGUACUGUUUGAAAACUUACAUAGAUGGAUUCUGAAAUUAGGAUGAGACUUCCAGAUGAACAAGUAACUUUUCUAGAUUGUGUUCUCCUGGGUUGUGAGACUAUGCAAUUUUGUAGGUUUAUGCCAACAUUUAGGAAGGAAAAUCUGUUUCCGUUUCAGGGUUAAAGUAAGUUGGGUAUGGCUACCAUUGGUUUAUGUAGACAGUCUGUAAAGAUGAUGGUCACAGAGGUCCAUAGGAAAGAGGACAGAUCUUAACUCUGGGCCAAUAGGAAUUAUGAACAGAAAAUGUGAGGAAAAGGAUCAUUUUUAGAAUUCUAAUAUCAAUCUUCACAAGAGGAACAUGGAACUAUGAGAAAGGAAGGUAGUCACCCAUCCAAGGGAGGGGGAAAGGAGACAGAAUUUAACAUUUCAUUCAUGUACCUUUCACCCUUCUAAGAUUCUCAAAAUAUUUCUUUAGUUUAUUAGAAAAGAAAAGUGGAAAGCAGAGCAGAAAUUUUGUGUACAGCUUUAAACUUAUCACCGUCUGUGCCACAGGAGUGAUAUAUGCUCCUGUAUUGAUGGAAUUUCAAGGAGAGGGCAAAUUAAUCAUUAUCCUAGAAGGAAACUGUGUUAUUAGUGUUUAACAGGUUUAGAAACUGAGCUACUAUUUAUCUUUCAGUUAUGUAACAGACGUGGAAGAGGAAUAGUAAAUUACAAUAAAUUGAAGAAACCCCACACACGAACCAGAAUUAUUAAGUUGGAAACCAAGGAAAGAAGUAAUAAUAAUAAUAAUAAUAAUAAUAAUUGAUACCACUAAUUUUUUUCUGGGGCAGCCAGAAAAUUUGCAUGCUUUCAAGCUGUUUAUGGAUGUUCUUGCAGAUUGUCCUAGAACUGUCUCUCUGUUUGAAACAUAAGAUUGCAUCAAAUUUAAAAAUAAUUUUAAUAUUUCAUAUAUUUCCUUUUGUUUUUCAGUUACUUUUAAUCAGAAUUCCAGAGGCAAGGGGAAGAUGUAUCACUUUUCCCACACCCUGAGGUACCCUUGCUAGUGAAAAGAAUGUUAUAAUUUUACCUUCAUGAACAAUACAUGAACAAUCCAACAAUACAAAAUUUUCUCAUUUCCACAACUUGCUGAUUUGUGAAAAUAUGAUUUAAAACUGGAAAGAGACUACAGGCAUUGAAAAUACAAAAUUAAUUCUCUCUUAGAAGUUAUGAAACAUCUGGUCUAGAUUUCAAUAUUGAAUAAUUUUAUGUGAAAGAAUAUUUCAUAAUACAGUAUCUAAUUGUUUAUGUAUUGAUGAACAUACUUAUUUUAUUAUGUUAAUCACACCAAAAUAUUAUUAUACAAAAGGUUUUAACUGUGAUCUUUAUGUUUGAAUGGGCUACAGUGUCAGUUAUGUUCUAACCAAUUGUUUCUUUGCAAUAUAAUGUAGGAAGUUUGAAGGAUUGAGGUUAUCAAGAUGGUUUGUGCCAUAAUGAAUGUCUGUGGGGUCAUGCCAAGUAUUAGAAACAAUAUUUAUUGUCCUUAAUCUGAAGUUGUAUGUGUGAUUUUUAACUUCUUAAUUUAAUAUCUGCCUUAUAUCUGUGUGGAACAGCUAUCACACCAUCAUUAUAGGUAUUCAUUUAUUUGUAUAUUUAUUCAUUCCUAAAAAGCUUCUUUCACAGUGCUUGAAAAGUGGAAACAAUCCUCAUAUUUAUAAAAUAUGUUAUGAAUGUCGAUGCACGUGCAAAACUUGAAUCGCCAAUUUUGUACAAGAUACAUCUAGUCUUUAGAAUUUCAUUUAAAACACAGUUGCUUGAAACGUUAAUAACUGUAUUUAUAUCAAGUACUUCAGAGUCUUGGAUUACUCUUUAAAUUUGUUCACAUCUCAAAGUUGGGACCCCUUCAAUCACACCCAUUAAUGAGUAGGACAGCCUACAAGUUAAAAUGUAUAUGUAUUUACAUAAGAGGUAAGAAUUAACAUUGUAUACAGAUAUGGGGUAAAUUAAAAUAUUUCAGUGCAUAAUAUUAUUGAAUAAUUGUAACUUGGAAAAAACAGAAAUAAAUUUCUUUUCUAAAAUA